GUCAUCAAUAACUUUCCGUUACCAAUUUCACUUAGAGGGGUUCAAGUUGAGACUGGGUCAAACUGGAAACUUUCUCUGGUUAGUUCAUACAGGAAGGAAAGUGAUGGAGCACUCUUAAACACUCCUAAGAAGCCUGGGUGCAACAUUUCACUAACUUUACAAGACAUCCAAGACUUCGUUAAAGGAAACUCUUUUAUCAACACAUAUUUUAAUAGUUUGACGAACCUCCUCCCAAAAUGGAUAAGCAUCCUUCCAACUGACAAAACCCUUCUUGGAACAACUAACUUGAAAUCUAGUGUCAUGACUGGAGAACAGCUAUCCCUUAUUAAACCAUGUGCUGGAGCUCCUGUGUUAAAGGACAAGAUAUACUCAAUAUUCCGAUUUGAAAAAGACACUAAAUUGGUUGUUUUCGAUCACGAGGUAACGAUUCCUGUACUAAAAGGACAGCAGUUUUGUUUGAUCGUAGAUUUAUGCCAAGACCUUGGCGGAACAGUUAUUCUCAUGUUUCCGACUCCACUGUCGAGGAGAAAACGAGAUACUCACUCUGGUUGUGACAUUCUUAGUAAAAUACCAAUGAUUGGUGAAAUUGAGGAUUCAGCUGGAUUUGAUAUAUGUUUACGAGGAAUAGGAUUCUCUCUUACAAAACAAUUGGCAGUCACGUCUCGUUUUUCAAAAUCCCCAACUGCAAUAAAAUUAUGGAAUGGAGACCAGCAUUUUAAGUACAAGUUAUUUCCCACUGCUCAUGUUUGGUUGGCUGGUGAAGCACAUAUGGCAAAAACCAGUAAUGGACUUUCUGUAGACAUUUCCGCAGACACCCAGAUAUUUGUGACUGUUCCAAAUCCCAUGAAGAUACUGACCCAUGUAUUUUUGGAGAAAUGGAAUGUUUUGGUCGAAGCGAUAGGUGGCGCCGAUGUUGCU